AUGCUCAAGAUGUUCGCCAAGUACUUUGCGAUUUUGACUACUACUUUGACAGUACUCAUCUCCGCUUCACCGACCGUGAUCAGGAAAGAUGGGAAGGGACGUCCACCUCCACCAGCGAAUGAAGUCGCAGUUCAUGUCAGGUUCCCACGUUACAGUAAAUUUGUCGAUAAGGAUGACCUCAACGAUACCUUUCUAGGUACAGGAGCCAAGGCCAAGGCUUUUCAUUUUACAUCUGAUCCAAACGCAGGUUUUGAAGAAUGGGAAUCUCAAGAAUUCUUUUGGAUACUCUAUGAUACAAAGGCUAAUGUCGAAAAUUUGCAAGGUACUGAUAUCCUCUACCAUAUGACUUGCGCUGUCAAACAUUUGAAAAACGAUGUAGGUAAAUUCCAUCAAUUUGACUUGAACACCACUCCUCCUUAUGUCCAUAGCAUGCAGGGAGAGACGGACCUAGAACUCUUUGAGAGUAUCAGGGUGGCUUGUACAGGAGGAUGUAUCAAAGAAGGCGGAUGCGGUGAUGAACAGAUUCCUCAAUUUACGGAAGAUUAUCUUACUGACUACUACAAACCGACAUUAGAUUUAUUCACAGCUUGUAAUAUUUGA